GGUACCUCGUGCUGCCGUUUCAACCGCAUCCCUCCAAAUACCAUCGCAGUGGGGCUAUGUCAUCCGUAACAGCAAUGACAGGAUAAAACUAUCGCAUCAUCAUAUUCAUUCACCGUGAUCACCGCCCGCGAUUCUCAUCAUGGCGGCCCAAGCAGAGUUGGCAGAGCCUUUACUUGCUCCGACGGAAGCCGAGAAGGGCGAUGCAGCACUCGAGACUCACACAGGCCAAGAGUCGGGGCGGAAACAUCGGAAAGAAUGGGCAUCUCAUCGGGAUGGUAGAAGGAUACACCGCCGGCGAUUAUUUCUAUCUUGUGCGGCCAUCCUGACUUUGGUCCUUUUCAUCCCUUUCAUAUGUAGGGCGUUGCCAUUCGGAAACUCUUCAGGAUGGGCUACCCACUGGCUGGAUACCGCCGAGCAACCCAACCGGGCACCGCCUUCCGGAGACCUCUAUCUCCUUGGCGUUGGCAAGGCUGAUAUCACUGGACCCGUGGUCGAGAUCAACCUGAUGGGUUACGCGGACCCAAAGCAACUCGGUACCGGUCUACGACAGCGACUAUACUCACGAGCCUUCAUUGUCGGGAGCGUUGAUAAGCCCGAGGAGAGGUUCGUCUACCUGGUGUUGGACACCCAGUCGGGCGACACCGCCAUCCGAUACGGCAUCAUAGACGGGCUCAAAGCGCUCGGGCCGUCUUACGCUGUCUACAGUCACCAUAACGUUGCCGUAACGGGCACUCACUCACAUUCCGGUCCUGGUGGGUGGUUGAAUUACUUGCUUCCUCAGAUUACCAGCAAAGGCUUCGACCACCAGGGCCACCGUGCUAUUGUUGACGGUGCCCUGCUCUCGAUUCGUAAGGCACACGAAAGUCUCCAGCCUGGGUACUUGAGCGUUGGCACCACCAAGGUGCAGGGCGCCAACAUAAACCGCAGCUUGUUCGCGUAUCUUGCCAACCCGGAGCAAGAGCGUGCCAAAUACAACGUCAGCGCGGAGGACGACGGGUCCGUGGAGAAAGACUUGACCUUGCUCAAGUUCCAGCGGGCCUCGGACAAGAAGAACAUUGGCGUCCUUACCUGGUUCCCCACCCACGGGACCUCGCUACUCGGCAACAACACUCUGAUCGCAGGCGACAAUAAAGGAGUGGCCGCCUAUCUAUUCGAGAGUAGCGCCUGCAAAGACCCUACGGCAGCCGAGAACUUCGUGGCCGGGUUCUCUCAAGCCAACGUCGGCGAUACCAGCCCCAACGUCCUCGGUGCGUGGUGUGAGGAUGGCUCGGGGGAGAUGUGUAGCUUCGAAAACAGCACGUGCAGUGACGGCCGAUCUCAGGCAUGCCACGCCCGCGGACCGUUCUUCCGGGUCCAAGACAACGGGGCGAGCUCAUGCUUCGAGGUAGGAAAACGGCAGUUCGAGCCUGCUCAGGCACUCUACCACGAGCUUCAGCGAAACCCGGUUCCCGUUCGAGGCGGGCCGGUCAAGUCAUUUCACACCUUUCACAACAUGUCUGGCUUCUCAUUCCUUCUCCCGAACGGCUCACAGGCACGCACAUGCCCAGCCGCACUCGGGUAUUCGUUCGCCGCCGGAACAUCGGACGGCCCCGGCGCGUUCGAUUUUACGCAGCACGACGGCAACGAAAACACCACAUCGCCUGUCUGGCAGGUUGUCUCUCGCCUUCUCAAGGAUGCAACGCCCGAGCAGCGAGCGUGCCACGAUCCCAAGCCGAUCCUUCUAGAUGUCGGUGAAGUACACACCCCCUACGAUUGGACGCCCAACAUUGUCGACGUGCAGGCGUUCCGCGUCGGCCAGCUAUUCAUCAUUGUCAGCCCCGGCGAAGCGACCACCAUGUCCGGCCGGCGGUGGAAGAAUGCCGUGGCGGACGCCUCAGCAACCCUAUUCGACGACGAACGCCGCAACCAAGAACCGGCACCGGCUAGCCCCGCCCCCGUCGUCGUCCUGGGCGGCCCGGCGAACAGCUACACGCACUACAUCACGACCGAGGAGGAGUAUGGCAUCCAGCGCUACGAGGGCGCCUCGACGCUGUACGGCCCGCACACGCUGGCGGCGUACAUCAACGUGACGCUGUCGUUCCUGUCGUACCUCGGUGCCGGCGCCCCGCCGCCGCCGCCCCAUGACGACUUGGGGCUGUUCCCGCCCGAUAACACGAACCGGUCGCUGUCGUUCAUCUCGCCGGUCGUGUUCGACGGCACGCCGCUGUUCAAAGGGUUCGGCGACGUGGUCACCGAUGUGAAUCGGGUCUAUCGCCGGGGCCAGCAGCCGCCGGUGAGCGUGGUGUUUGUCGGGGCGAAUCCGAGGAAUAACCUGCGUCUCGAGGGCACGUUUGCGGCGGUGGAGCAGCUGGGUCUGUUUGGCAAGGGGGAACAGUCCGUGUGGAAGAGGGUGAGGGAUGAUGGGGACUGGGCGUUGGCGUUCAACUGGCGGAGGACGAACGAGAUCAUGGGCACGAGCGAGGUCGAGAUUGUGUGGGAGCCGGAGGACUGGGCGGAGUCGGGCGUGUAUCGGAUCCGGUAUUACGGGGAUUCGAAGAGUCUGGGCGGGAAUAUCGGGGCUUUUGAGGGUGUGAGUUCGCCGUUUACUUUGGUGUAAGGCACUUUCUGUGGGAUCGGGGUGGACUGGACUGGGUAAUGGUUUGACGGGAUUGAGGGGGCAUCAUGGAAUAUCCCGGUCGGCGUUUUGGUUUUUCUUAUUCGAGGUAUUCGAGGUAUUCAAGUAGCCCUAGCCCUGUUCAAUUACACACCGAGCGGAACUACCUUAUCCUUGUUA